UAUUGCCCUAUGUUUUGCAGGUUGCUAGCUGGGGUGCUUACCUCCUGUCUCGAAAUAUCCUACCGAUUUCAUUUGCACCAAAAGAUACACAUGAAGCACAAGUGCAAUUUGCUCUCGAACGUGGAGUUCCUGCUCUGAUAGGAAUUUUAGCCUCGAAUAGGCUACCUUACCCUUCAAGGGCCUUCGACAUGGCUCAUUGUUCGCGCUGCCUUAUUCCAUGGGGCAAGAACGAUGGACUUUACUUGACUGAAAUUGAUCGGAUUUUGCGACCUGGUGGAUAUUGGAUUCUCUCUGGACCACCUGUGAACUGGAAGAAUCACUGGAAAGGCUGGAACAGAACAAGAGAAGACCUGAAUGAAGAACAAAAUGGAAUCGAGAGAGUGGCAAAGAGUCUGUGCUGGAAGAAAUUGGUACAGAGAAAUGAUCUUGCCAUUUGGCAGAAGCCUACUAAUCAUAUGCACUGUAAAUUACAGAGGAAGAUUUUCAAGAAGCCUCCCUUCUGCCAGGCUCAGGAAGCAGAUAAAGCAUGGUAUACCAAGAUGGAAGCCUGUCUGACUCCUCUGCCUGAAGUGUCUGAUAUCAAAGAAAUUGCUGGCGGGUCUCUAGCAAAUUGGCCGCAGAGAUUGACUGCUGUUCCGCCGAGAAUUCGUAGUGGAAGUGUACAAGCAGUCACAGCUGAAAUCUUUGAAAAAGAUACGGAACUGUGGAAGAAGAGAGUAUCACACUACAAAGCCUUGGACUCUCAGUUAGCAGAACCUGGAAGGUACCGUAAUAUACUUGAUAUGAAUGCCAACUUGGGAGGAUUUGCAGCUGCACUUAUCAAUUAUCCAUUGUGGGUUAUGAAUGUCGUCCCUGCUGAGGCGGAAGUGGAUACACUUGGGGUUAUUUAUGAGCGUGGACUGAUCGGGACUUAUCAGAAUUGGUGUGAAGCCAUGUCUACUUAUCCAAGGACUUAUGAUUUCAUUCAUGCCGACUCACUAUUUACCCUCUACAAAAACAGGUGUGAUAUGGAAGAUAUUCUUCUUGAAAUGGACAGAAUAUUACGACCUCAGGGAAGUGUGAUUAUACGAGAUGAUGUUGAUGUUUUGGUCGACGUUAAGAGUAUAGUAGAUGGACUUCAAUGGGACAGCAGAAUGACUGACCAUGAAGGUGGCCCUCAUGUGCGCGAAAAGCUUCUAAUUGCUACCAAGCAAUACUGGACUACCCCAGCCCCAAAUCAAGAUCAAGAAGUGUCAAAAACUGCUUCAUAGUGGAUUUUUGAAUUUACAUUAAUCCAAUUCUUGAUUUUAUUUUAUUUUUAUUUGUCGAUAGCCUUUUUUUUACUAUGAUUUUUAUACUACCCCAACCCCUUUUGAAUAUCACAUUCGGUUGGAUUUUCAACCUAAGAUAACUGUGAAACAAGAAGAUAUGAUCGAUUUAUUAGUGGAAACUCACAUUAUAUUGAUGGCCUUAA